UACACGUUGCUAAGCAACGGCACAGCCCCCUGAAGCCGCUUCGAGUUGAGAAAACUCCCACCGUUUUUACUAACUAGGUCCAAAAGUAGCGUUCAAAAAUGUUGUCUUUUGGUCCAAACGUGAGGCUGUCACUGCAGGAACAGAAAGCGGAGCUUCAAGAUAAAAUUCAGUUGCUCGAGUGCGAGGGGACUGCAUUUUAUGAGCGUUCUCAGUCCGUUAUCAAGAAGAACCAUGAGAUCAUCCUCCAACUGAGGCCGGCGAACCAGAAGCUGCACAAAGAACUGGCACAGGUUAAUCAACACAACUUGUCAAAAGAGAAAGCAGUUUCAAAACUAGAGCAAGAGCUGAUGUACCGAAGAAGACGCCUCGAUGCUCUAACCCACACCACCCUAAACUACCAGCAGCGGCUUGAUGAGCUUAGGGUUGAAGAAGAGAGAAAGAUCCAGGAGCUCACCAAAACAACUACGGCUGGUGUAGCUGCGGAGUUUGAGAAAGAGGAAGAUGCAAUGCAUUUUCGUAUGCUGGAGAAUCGUCUGGAUAAAUUUCAAUUCAAGUUCAAGGAGGCUGAAAAAUGCAGGAUGAUCAACGUGAAGCUCAAGACACAGAUGCAGGAUGCGUUUCGGAGUUACGGAGCACAGAUCGACAAUUUAGAAAGAGAAUUGCUGAAGUACAAACAUGAGUUUCACAACCUGGAGGCCCUGAAUAUGGAGGCUUACCUCUCAAAAACAGCUGCUGAGGCUGAGUUACACCAGCUGGAGGAACAGCUGUCGAAAGAACAAAAGGAGAGAGAAAGUAACAUAGCAAGGUUAAGGCAGAAAGUUGAUCAGCGCAAGGUUCAGGCUGACAAGCCUGACAAAAAGGCACAGAGAACUGUUCUGGAGGAAGAUGGGUUGGAUAGCGAGGCCGAGCAAAGCACCAGAAUCGUUCCUGAAGAAGAGAAAGUCAACCCCAUCUUUGAGGAGAUCUUGAAGAACCUCAAGGAAGCCACUGGAGUCUCAGAUUUGCAGAACGUUGUGGAGCAUUUUACCUCAGAGAAGGAGAAUUGUGAACGUUUAGAGAAUCUAAAGAAAGAGAAUGAAGAAGCCCUGGAGAAGCUGAAGGAGGAGAAGGAGCUGCUUAGCCAAGAGUUUGAUAAAAGAAAAUUCUCUGGGGAGGCUAAGCUGUCCAGUGAGAUACAGAAGUUGGAGGAGUGUGAGCAGCAGCUGCAGGUCCAGCUACAGAAACGUGAUGCAGACGCAGAGCGCCUGGCCAAUAAUGUGAAGGCCCUCGGCGCCAUCAGGGCCGGAGUUGAGCACCUGGCAGGGAAACUGCAGGACAUCUCUCUUGCGAAGGAAAAACCUUUCAAAUACCCCCCAACUUCAGAUGAUUUUGUGCUGGAGCUUUUGAACCAGUGUGACAAGAAACUGCAGCUCUUACUAGAGGAACUUGAAGGGAAGGACAUGGCCUCUGUCAUGAAGGAGAUAGAAGAGGAUGAGUUCUACACCACGAUUGAAGGGAGGCUUCCCAAGACCAACACCAAAGUGAGAGUGCCACACAAACCAGUAAAGGAAAUCGGCAAAGAAGAGGGGGAAAUGAAAGAAGAUGAGAUGGAUAUCAUAACACGAGAUGCCCUGAAGCGUCAGUCUCAUCUCAUCAUUGAAUCCAACUUGAGCAAAAAGCCUUGGAAAAAAUAAGUCCUGAUCCAAAGCAACAAGAGUAACACAAAGUGUUGCCCGACUGUGAAGUAGAAGGGAAAUGACAUGUGGUGGGACUGUUUUUCCAAAUAAAAAUGUGAGAAAUGGCGUACUCAGAAGAAUAUUCUCCACUCAGAUCAGACUGCAUGCAUAAUUAUUUUAUGUAAAGGAAAACCAGCACUGUACUUCACCCCUAACACACAAUCCUCACAAUGCAAUGUGAGAUGCAUUGGGAUGAGGGUCAUAAUCAUCAUAUUCAGCAGGGGCCGAGAAGCUUCUAAUGUAGCUAUACAUGGCAAUCCUCCAAACCUUCUAGCAGAAACGUGUGGUUUCACAAAGCCCAGCCUUUUCCUUGAAGCUCCUCCCCGAAAACACACUUUCCAUCUGAGUUUUCGCCUCAAAAAGCACCGCUCCCCCACAACUACUCCAGAUUCUGCUGAGCUUAUCUGAGAAACUACUCCUAAGUGAAGCAAUGGGAAAAAUGGUAAAGACUUAAUGGAGACGGCGCUAAAGGAGGCAUGAUGGAAAGAGCGAGAGCUUGUUAAAGAGACAGUGGCACAAUUUCAAGACGUUAAAUUCCAAAGUCAAAUUUC